GACAAAUCUCUUUCAUUCUUUUCAAGUUAACUUCUCAAGUGCAGAUUGGCAAGGUUGAAAUCAGGAUAAGAAAACUUUAUCAAAAUGGCCUCAACAAUGAGAGCAGUUGACAUCAAGGACGGCAAAGGUCCCAAGGAGAACCUCUUCAUCAAUGCCGACACGCCAAAGCCCACGGCUGGCGAGGGCGAGGCUCUGGUCAAGAUCAAGGCCUUCGGCAUCAACCGCAUGGACCAGAUCCAACGUCUUGGCAAUUACCCGCUCCCGCCCCAGGCGCCCAAGACCCUAGGAGUCGAGUUCAGCGGGACUAUUGAAUCCUUUGGCUCGGGCGACCACGGCAAUUUCAAGACUGGAGAUGAGGUCUUUGGCCUCGCGUACGGUGGCGCAUACGCCGAGUACAUUGCCGUCAACAGCAAGAUGCUGCUGCACAAGCCGGAUUUCCUGUCCUGGGAGCAGGCCGCUGGCGUUCCAGAGACCUGGAUCACCGCCACGCAAGCCCUGUUCCUCGUAGGCGAGUUCUCAAAGGGCAAAUCCGUCCUCUGGCACGCCGGCGCCUCUGGCGUCUCCAUCGCGGGCAUCCAGCUGGCCAAGGACGCGGGUGCGUCCGCCGUCUACGCGACGGCCGGGUCCAACGAGAAGUGCGACUUUGUGGUCAACAAAGUCGGUGCCACGGCGGCCUUCAACUAUAAGGAGGUCGACUGGGCCGAGAAGAUCAAGGAGGUGACGGGCGGCAAGGGCGUGGACGUGAUUGUCGACUUUGUCGGGGGCGGCUACUUCCAAAAGAACCUCGACGUCGCGGCGCGAGACGCGCGCAUCGUCCUGCUCGGCCUGCUGGGCGGGCCCAACAUCGAGGGGGCCAACAUUGGGCCUCUGCUGUACAAGCGCAUCAGGCUUGAGGGCAGCACGUUGCGGAGCAGGGACGUGGAGUAUCAGGGUAAGUUGAGGGAUCGAUUGGAGGAGUAUGUGCCGCAUUUCAAGACGGGGAAGCUCAAGGUCGUGAUUGAUACGGUGCUUCCGUGGGAGAAGAUACAGGAGGCUCAUGCGCACUUGGAGGCGAACAAGAACUCGGGAAAGAUCAUCUGUACCAUUUCGUAGAGGGCGUGUUGCAGAUCACUGGUCGAACUUGGUUCGAGACUUUCAAGCUCUAAUAUCAACUGGUCCGCAUAGGUGAUGCCAGGCUAAAGGGUGCCUACUCAAACAACUCUGCGGUUCCCCGUCAUGGGAUUUCGCCAUUUCCAUCUGCGUAUUGCGUUGGUG